AUGUCGCCCUCACUCAGUCCCAUCAAGGUCUGGGGCGAAGCCCAUACGGCCAACCCGGCAAAAGUUGCCCUCAUUCUAGAGGAACUCGACCUCCCAUACGAAGUCAUACCUGUCCCCUUUACCGACGUCAAGAAGCCCGCCUAUGUGGCCAUCAACCCGAACGGGCGGCUGCCAUCCAUCCACGACCCCAAUACCGACCUCACUCUCUGGGAGUCCGGCGCCAUCAUCGAAUAUCUUGUCGAGACCUACGACAAGGACCACCGACUGAGCUUCGCCCCGGGCACGCCUGAGUCAUGGCACGCCAAGCAGUGGCUGUACUUCCAGACCUCAGGCCAAGGGCCAUAUUUCGGCCAGGCGGGUUGGUUCAAGCUGUUCCACCCGGAGAAGUUGCCCAGUGCCCUAGAUCGCUAUCUUAAGGAGAUCGACCGCGUCACCGGCGUGUUGGAGGCGCGUCUGGCACAACAGAAAGAGAAAUUGGAACAGUCGCAGAAGGAGGGUGGCGAUUGUGGUGAUGGUCCCUGGCUGGUCGGCACCAAAUUUUCUUACGCCGAUCUUGCUUUCGUUCCAUGGCAGCGCACCGUCGGCAUUGUUUUCGACAAGAGCGAGUACGACCAGGACAAAUACCCGCUGGUCAAUGAGUGGUAUGGCAAGAUUGUUUCCCGUUCGUCGGCCAGAAAGGUAUGGGGAGGCGCUGAGGCGGCGAAAUAG